AUGUACUGCCGGGCUCUCGAAGAGAGCCGCUGGGCUCAAUCCUACGACAUGCUGAAGCUCGAGGGGCGGGAGAUCAGCGAGGCCACGAGAAGCCCCUCCGGCAGCUCCAGCUGCGCCAGCACCCCUCCCAGGAGCCACAGCAAGCCCCUGCUCCGAGAGUAUGACUCAGUGUGCCACACCGAGCUAUGGAAGUGGCUUUGGCUGGACUUCUCUACUCCCGUGCAGUCGGUGGUCCCGCGGCUUAUCAAGAAGAACAUGCGCCAGUGCAGCAGGAACCAGCUGGACCUGGAGGCAUUGAAUACGAUCCGCGAAGAGGCUGUUGGCCUCUCGCAGAGCAACUUCUCCCUCCUCAAGGAGGGCUCGCUGGGCUCUGCGGUCUUCACGCUGGUCUCCUCUGCCAUGGGCGCCGGAUGUUUGUCGCUGCCCUUCAUGCUGAAGACCGCAGGCAUCAUCCCCGGCAUCCUCAUGCUGACGCUGGGCGCCGUUCUUGCGCACACCUCUUUGGUGGUCUUGAUGAGCUGCGCGAGGUACACGGAUUCCGACAGCAUGGCUCAGCUGGUCUCGCUGGCCUCCGGCGGGUCCCGGCGCGCCGGGAAAGUGGUGGACGUGGUCAUCGCAGUCUACGGGAUUGCAGCGGUCCUGUGCUACUUGAUGUUCAUCGGGGACUUCUUCCUGGGCAUCGUGAAGUCGCCGCUGCUGCAGCUGGACGUUUCUAGGGAGACGCUCAUUGUCGGUAUCUCUGCGUUGGUGGUGUGGCCGCUGUCCCUGCCCCCGAAGCUCUCUGCUCUGCGGCAUGUGUGCGUGCUGAGUGUCCUGGCGAUUUGCCUCACCGCAGUGGCAGUAGCACUGAAAGCGCCCAGCUAUGCGGAGAGCAGGAGCGCAGAUGAGUGGCAAUUGGUCUGGUGGAAGAAUGACCCGUAUGCAAUGCUUCAAUCCUUCAGCAUCGCCUUGUUUUCCUUCGCCGCCCACACCAACGCGGUGCCGGUGGCAACAGCCCUGCAGCAGGCGGACGGCGCCGCCAUGUGGAAGGUGUCGCUCUACUCAGUGUGCAUUGAGUUCGUGUUCUACCUCGUCAUGGGCAUUGCUGGCUACGUCUCCUUCCAGGGAGCCACGGAACAGGACUUCAUCCUGAACUACCGGAACGACGACAUGACGAUGUUCUGCGUGCGCUGCAUUUACGGCAUCGUGGUUUGCCUGGGCGCGCCCAUCAACCUGUCCCCUGCCGCCUCGAGCAUCUUGGGUCUGCUGGGGCGCAGUAAGCGGGCCAGGUCCGGCACCAGGCACUUCUUCGUCGUGACCGCUAUCGUGGCCAGCUGCGUGGCUAUCGCUCUCUGGUGCCACAAGGUGGCAGAUGUGAUCGGCCUCAUUGGCGCCAGCUUCGGGUCGCUCAUUGUUUUGGCGUGGCCAGCAAUGAUCUACCGCCAGGCCUUAUUCGAUAUGCACCCUCGGCGCUUGUCCAAUUUCAUCUUCUACUCCUUGAGCGCGGGGGCAGCUUUAGGAGUCACCUCCUUCUUGGCGCAGAGCAUCGGUGCCUGCCAGUGA